AUGACGUCUCUGAAUCCCGCCACCUUGGAUCCUCCCGCAACCGGAACUCCGGUGCACCCCACCACAUCACCACCGCGUAGACUCCCCCAUUUCUCGUCAGAGAACAGCGUUGUCUCUGGCCCGUCUCUGGUGCUGUACUCAGCGGCCGUCGGGCGCGUGGCAUUCAGAGACCACGGCGCGCCUCUGACCUCGGUACAGCGCCCUCGACCGUUGUCUCUGUCACGGGUAAAAUUCUCCUCAUCGUCGCGCUCUGUGUUCUACCGCGAAGAUGGAGAUACAACGGCGGACUUUACACGUGACGAAAAAACCUUUACGGCGACCAGAGCCAUGCUCGACAGAGAUGACUGGCAGCGUGUCCGCAGGUAUGGUGACAGAGAUGACUGGCAGCGUGUCCGCAGGUAUGGUGACAGAGAUGACUGGCAGCGUGUCCGCAGGUAUGGUGACAGAGAUGGCUGGCAGCGUGUCUGCAGGUAUGCAAAGUGUCGCGGUCAGUUAGCGUUACUUUUAACGGCAAGUUGUGUGGGCAGCAAAGUGUCGCGGUCAGUGAGCGACGUCUCGGUGUUGCCCGGCAAGGCCUCCAGUCUCAUCAACAAGAAGAUUGACAAGCUGGACGAGAAGCGGCGCCAGCAGAUACACAAACACAAGAACAACAACCUCGUCAAGUCAAUUUUCCGUAAAUCAACUUCGAUAAAAAGUAAAGAGAAGGAGAGGUACGAGGGGGUCGACCCUGCCACCGCUGCUAGCCAAGAGUUUGACGCUUUCCUCAAAACACUAAGCAAGGAAGGCGGAGGCGCUAUCCGUAAGCAGGUCAGCGUGUGUGUGGACAAACUGAGGCGGUCUCUGCAGACACAGUCUCUGGAGCAGACUGCGGACCUGCUGCAGGACCUGUACACCAACCUGCACAGCAUGGUCACCAACCACCACUCCUUUGCAGGGCUGAGUGAUGAUGACGUGGUGCGCGUGGUGGUGCUGACGGAGCGCUACGUGUGCACGCGCCUCCACGCGCAGCUCAGGGGCGCCGUCAACGCCGCGUGUGAGGACCAGGACCUCAGCACCCAGGACAGGAUCAGGCACCUGAACUGGGUGAGCGCAGAGAUGCUUGAGAGCAAACUGGACGACGAGGACGACGCCAUGGCGCCCACCGUCGACCUCAUCAUUGGCGAGCUGCUGGAGUUGGACGGCAAGGCGGUAGCGUCAGACAAGCUGACAGUGCUGGUGAGUGUCAGCCACCAGAUCAUGCAGGCGCUGACGACGCUGACCGCUGCCCCUGCCGCUGCUGACGACUUCCUGCCAGCCCUCAUCUUCUGCCUCAUAAGGGCCAACCCGCCCCUGCUGCACUCCAACAUCACCUACAUCACCAACUUCGCCCCCCGCCAUCAGCUGGAAAGUGGCGAGACGGGAUACUACUUCACUAAUUUAUGUUGUGCUGUGGCGUUCAUUGAGAAAGUGUGUGGCGCGAGCCUGAGUCUGACAGAGGAGGAAUUCAGCCGCCACAUGAAGGGCAGCGGCCUGACGCGGCACCCCAAGCCGCCUCCCAGCGUCACUGCGCUCGCCAACUCUCUGCACCGCUUCUCCAGAGCAGCGGACAACCUCACGGCCAUCAACGCCUCCUACAACGACAUGAUCCAGCAGAUGGAGGAGCUCAAGACCUCCGUCACCCAGAAGGCGGAGGAGGUUGUACAGGAGAACCCUUGCGUGCACCACGAGCCUUACUCCACCUCCCGCAUACUGCAGCUCAUGGAGAGCAGACAACACCACCUCUUACACCUCCUACAGCAGCUGUCUCAGGAUGACAGCCUUCCUGCCGAAGUUACGGCAGCUACAGAAGAGCCUUCUAGAAGCACGGCAACUCUGCCAGAGUGCGAGGAGGCCUUCAAUCUCUACUACUCCCUCGAGGACUUCAUGUCCCAGGACACGAGCAAGCUUUCGUCAGCUCAGCAGCCAAGAGAGUCAUCGACACAGAGCGGCGCGCUACGUACGGUGCCUUCAUUGAGCGGUUCCGGUGCCUCGUUGUUAGACGAGCCUGUACCUGAUAACACUUUGUCCCUCCUUGAUCAAAGCUCCAGUUCCUAUAUUAAUGUCAACUCGUCUUCAGUUUACGAACAAAGUAAUCUUUCUCUACGUAACUCGAGCCCCUCAUCUUUAUUCGACGGAAGUCUAUCUUUUAAUCUACAGAAAAGUUCUUCGUCAUUUCUUGAUGAGACUCCAGCGUCAUCGUCGGACGGCGGUCCGGCGUCACUGCUGGACGAGCCCGUGACAAUGUUAGGGUCGUCGUCGCUGCUGCCGUUGCCUGAAUACUCAGGCUUCAGAGACCAGAGUAACCGCAUCCCCAGCAUCCCUUGCGACACGGGACCGGCGAGCCUAGGGGGAGACUUGCGCAAAGAUUCCGGCCCUGCUAGUUACUUGUCUUUUAGUAUGACUGAUAAAGAAUUAGUUCAUAAGUCUUCUCCAUCUAUGAAUUUAUGUGAAUGGUCGAAUAGUGACACAUCAGCAGAGGUUAGUAAAGACGUUGAGUCUUGGGGCGUUACAACGAACUCUGUACCUGAGCAACAGCCAUUCGCCGUGUGGCCUGACGAUCCCGUGUCUGUUGUACAACAAGAAGAUGCUGACGCUGAAACCGGAGGUGUUAAUGGUAGUCCUAGUGAUGUCAGAGACUCCAGUAUAUCUGAUGUUGACACUAGAGUUACUGCGUUAGCUCUGUCGCCCACAGAGCUAACGUCUCUGCCGCCACCUCUGCUACCGCUUAGCUCUUCUGAGUCCCAACAGCUGCAGUAGCUCUGUAAAUUACGCUCACCGACAGCAAAGUUUGAAACCAAUCUCUACUGGAAUCCCAAUCUUCAAAGAUCGAAAUCAUCGUAGGAUUUCAUGAUUAAAAUCCUGUAUUUGACAUGUGACAAGAUCGUCACUGCGAUCUUGCCAGUUAUUUGGCCUGUCAAGUUCUCUUCCAACACGUCAUGUACAGUUGCUGGUCCAACACGUCAUGUACAGUUGCUGGUCCAACACGUCAUGUACAGUCCUUUUCAACACGUCAUGUACAGUUAUUGUACACGUUAUGUACAGUUACUGUACACGUCAUGUACAGUUUCCAUCGUUCUCCAGCAGUUGUUGAUACGUGUAACGCGUUGAAACGUUCCUUUUUUAUACGUAGGUAAUCAUAAGCUCGAGUGUUUGUCGAGGAAUGUAAGCUUGAAUUUUCUGUUUCAAUACGAGAUACAUUUUUGUUCUCAUCACUCACGCUCAGUGAAGUCCUGAUGCCUGUGCAAGAAGGUAAAGAAUAUUGCUGUAUUCCUGACUGAUGAACAGCAAAACUCGUACUUUUUCAUGAAUAUGAACAUAUAUUCAUGAAUGAAAAUAUGUUCAAUAUGUUCAUGAAUGAAAAAAUGAUGAAACUGGGAAUUGAACUCACUGGUUCUUCAUGGUUAUAUUAGUUCGUUAUUUAUUAUGAACCUUUGAUUUCUUUCAUGCCUGCCGUGGAGUUUUGAAUGAAGCUUGGUAAGUCAAGGUUAGAUUAGUCCAACUUAGCGUCGUCGCAGCGCCUUUAUUGCAAAAGAAUUAAACGUUGAUUUGGCGCUGCGCGAACCGUUCGCUCUAAUUACAAAUUCUAAUGAUACAUGCAUAUCUUAUAUGCAUCUUAUAAUAUAUGCAUAUCUAUGUCUUAUCUCUUAUCUUGAGAUGAUAAUAUAUCUGAUGGAAACCUCCAAUACAUCUUAAUGAGAUGAUAAAAUAUGUGAUGGAAUCCUUUAAUAUAAAUCAUUGAUGGAAUGGAAAAUAUAAAGGAUGGAAUCCUUUAAUAGGUAAAUAAUUGAUGGGAUGGAAAAUUUCUUGCGACUUCGCCUUGGGUUAUUUGGCGAUUACCUUCUCUCUGGCUCAGGCAUUUCAGGACUUACGGCGAUUUUUUUGCUCUAUUUAAGUUUGCUCUUGAGACUCUUUCUUGUUUCCUUUGGAAGUUGCUAACUCGUUUCUCUUCAGUGCUUCUUCUUCGGUAGUAUUUCUUGCCUCCAAGUUAUUUGGUGCGACGAUCUUGCCUGAUUUUGUAGUGAAAUACGUCGCCGACCGCCGCUCCUCUUCUAAAAAAAUCGCAAAGAAAUUCGCCUAGAUUCUAUAAUGAAGUCACCAUUUACGGGGGGAUAAAAUAUUCGACUUCAUAUAUAGUAAAGCGAAUAAUAUUGACCGCACCCUUGUCAUUGAAGCUGAAGAUUACGUUUAAUGAUAGCAUCUUCUUCAGCUCGUGAAUAUGUGAAGGUUAUGUUGAACCUCGCAAUGUUAGAAGAUUCGUGAAAACUCUUUCGCUCAUUUAUUUAAAAAAAUUCGGAAAAAAACAAGAUUUUAAACUGAUUUGAUGCUCUUUCUAUCUUAUUGUUAUGAAAUAGAAAGUGUUUCAUAGCACCGUUAUUCUCAUCACUAGGACGUACAAUUAUCUUCUCUUAUCUUCGGUCAACAGUCACGUUUGUUCCGUGUUGUCACCAUCAGCUUGACCACCUAUCAUGUGAUGUAAGAAAACAUUCGCGGGGUGUUAAUGUUUUCUUUCGCGGGGAAAAACAUUCACACUCCGCGAGAAAACAACAAUGGAGAAACAUUCACACCUCGCAUUUCUUUCGAGAAAACAUUCGCGGGGUGUGAACUUUCUAGCCAGGAUAGCCGAGGGUUCUGAUGCUCUUCCUUGCCAAUGACCGAGGGAUAUUUGACAGUUGAGUCAAAUAUCCUCCUCAAAAUUCAAACUUCUGGACAUCCAAAUGUCCCGUCAAAGUUGCCGGUUGUGAACGCAGUUUCCUGCGGAGUCUCCACGUUGUCUUGCUAUCCUAUUAUCCUAUUCACUCUGCAUCGCAUGGACUCGGCUUAAGGAGGCUACUUACAGACAAAUAAUUUAUUUUCAUGAACCUGACGCACAGGUAGACUAGUUGGAGACGGCGCAGUUCCCUGCGGAGUCUCCACGUUGUCUUGCUAUCCUCUUCCCUUCGCAUCGCAUGGACUCUCCUGUAGGACUCUCCAAGGAGGCUACCCUCCUGUAGCAGACAAAAGGUUUAUUUCCGUGGACCGACGCACAGGUUUGGAGUUGAUCAUUGGACCAUGGAAAUGGGUUUGAUAAGGAAAAAUAAUUUUGAAUAGGUAGUCUAGUUCCGAUCAAAUAUUUUUCAUCAAAUUCUGUUCUACUCGAAGAAACUCUAACUCGAUUAUUUUUGAUGCGAGAGACUGUGCAGGUAGGUAGUGUUUCUUACUUCAGAGGGUACAUUAAUCACGCUCUAAGUUUGAAUAAUGGUUUUUGAUGUUAGUGUUAAAGAGCAAGCAACGUGUAACAUGCUCUCGAAGUCAGCGUACCCAUCAACAAUUUGGCUGUGCAGAACUUCUUUCUGUGCGGCUCGUUGUCGCGGUUCGGUCUAUUGGUCUUUUUUCUAUUGUAAAGAAAAAUUGGCAAUUAUUCCUGAUGAAUUGUUUGGACUGUGCAGAACUUCUUUCUGUGUGGCUCGCCGCCUUGGUUCGGUCUAUUGGUCUAUUUUGAAAACGAGAAUCCUCUUGGCAAUUCUUUCUGAUGAGUUGUUAGUGAAAGCUUGCACUUGGCAGCCUUCUUCCUACUGUGCCGGCCCUCCACUUCGUCUUCAUAAACGGGAUAAUUUUUUGCUUAAGGUGUAUAUUAAUAAUGUUAAUACAGACAAAAUUAA